AUACAACAAAAAAACCUCGCACUACUCUACGAUUCGCUCUUGUUCGACGCUCAUUCUUCACGAUAGUUACGACCUUCGGUGACGCAUACGCAUUUUACGCCCGCGUGCCAUCCUGCGCACCCGCAGUUCCCCUUCUCUCCAUAGUUACGAUGCAAGCAUCGCGCUCAUUUGAGCUUUCACGCGAAGGCCGCAUGCGCCCCGCCAACCUCAGCCUGUCAUCCUCGUCGGGUCCGACGCCUGAGCGACAUCGACAUGCGCAAGCUGCAGAAUACAGCUCGGGGUCGGGCUCAUCGGGCAAAUCAGUCCGCAGAUCGACGGUAGAGCGCUCCUGGGCUUCUCCCUCCUUCAACCCUUCGCUUAGCCUCUCCACAACACACGAUGAUGAUGUCUUUGCUAACCCUUCCCGUCGCUACUCUGCUGCCGUCGCGACGGCAAAAGACGUAGCAAUGUCCCGGUCUACAUAUGCCGUUGAUGAUGGCAAUGAUGAGGACCACUACAACGAGCUCAAGAGUGGUGGCGGUGCGCAGAAAAAAGGAGGAGUCAGACAGACGCACGAGCUGCCUCCCACACCAAUCACGGCGAGCAAUGCCACUUUCAAGGAAGCUGUCAAUGGUAGCAUCCCUCUACGUCUACCCAGCGUCGAGCAGAUGCUCUCGAACGUCGCCUCGCCAGCUUCACCUACAGACUCGAUCCUCAGCACACCCCUGUCGGAGCACUACGCUGCAUAUGUGCUGACAGCAAGUGCUGGCGGGAGUGGGGGCAGUAUCGGCGGUGGUGCCGCGUGCAGCCGCUUCGAUCUGCGUCUCCCGCCGCUCAAAUCGCCGCUAGAGGUUAAAGACACCAAAGGCUACACGGACCACCAGUUGUCGCCGGAGUUCGUACGCCCUCUCGGCAGCGGUUGUCUCAGUCUCGUUGGCCUUGGCAGCCUCAGCUCCGGCAUGGGCAUGACGCGAUCCAGCUCGGGCGAAUUCGCAGGUCCAAGGGCAGAAUGGGCCGCCUCGCCCUCCAAUAAGUCCCGCACCCUCAUGGGCGUCCGACCACCCGCACCGCCUACACCUUCUCAACUUGACCACGAGCGUGGCCGCAUCUCUCCUGGCUCGUGGUCCAGCAGGCCACGCGAUGGCGACAUCGUCGGUCUCGGCCUGCAGCUCGAUAUCACACCAAAGGCCAGUAUGUCCACGCCAUUGGGCACCGGUGCUGCAGCAACCGGCGGAGUCGACACAAACGUCUCCAUGGGCAUCCCCUUCAUGCCCCCACGUCUACCUGGUGCGCCGCGCCUCGGCGUCCUCGGCAGCGGUCGAUUUGAAAACGUCACACCUGUCGGUCAAUCCGGCAACGUCGCCAUCUCGCCUAUCUUGCCGCCCCUGCGUGGCUGGAACACCGACUUGCGCUUCGACAACACCGCUUUUCGCCCUCCGGCGCUUCCGUCUCCAUCAGCUGAGCGGUCAACGCUCAGCACAGCGGCCAGCUCACCUGCCCGGCAUAGCAGCAGCAGUGCUAACGGUAGCAACUCCGACGAAGAGAUGGCGUACCGAGCAACGCCAAUGGAACGCGAGCGCACAGUGCAGCUCGAUGCGGGUUUACCCAAGAUCAACGGCUUAGUUGGCCUCGGUGUCCGUUUACUCGGCAGCGGUGGGACCGACAGCCAGAGAACACCCGUUGGCACGCCGACGCAAACAGUUUUCAGCACAGGCAGAGCGCUUCCGGUCGACUCGUCGCUUGCGAUGGUCCCCCCGUUAAAUGCGGGUAGCUUCACGCCUAUCCGUCAGCAGUCCACCAUUGGCGGCGUUGACGGUGCAGCAGCGGCAUCGUCGCCUUCCUUCGUACUUCCCUUCUCUGUGUCCAAGUCCACAGGUCUCACGCCUUCGUUGAAAGGCGCGAGUCUUGGAAAAGGCAAGAACGCCAGCCCAGGCAAUGGCCUUUCUUCCCCUCUGCCGAGUCCAUCAUUCCGUGAGCAGAGUAAACUUCGCAGUAGGCAACUCGUUCAGACCGCUACAACGGCCGUCGCGGCAGUUGCAGCUGUACAGCAAGCGACGAACACUCCCAACAUCGCGAGCAGUGUCCUUACUGCCUCUGCCAAGCUUCAGCGUCCUCCAUUGCAUGUCAUAGGUGAUGACACCAAUGGCAGCGGUAGUGGGGAAGUUAGUGGCAGCGAGAAUGCUAGCAGCGACGACGAAGGCACCUCGACACCACUCGAUGAGCUGUGCGCCAUUAACGAGACAGUUCAUGAGCAGGUGCAUCGCGCCAAAUCGAGCAGCACUAAAGCUGCAGCGCGCCAAGCGGCCGCCGAUCUAGAGGAGCAGCAGAAAGCGCUGGCGGACUCGUCCCCUUGGGGCGUCUUCAGCACCACUAAAGCUUGGCGCCCGCUCGCUCCACCCGGAAUGAGCGCUUCGGCUUUCAUCAAGAAGCAGAAGAAGCUUCAACAGCAACAGCAGUUGGCGACAGCGGCAGAGGCAAGCCGCAAGAGUCCAGCCAAACGCAAUCCUGCGCUUCCCGACGCUGCAACCGAUGCCUCGCAUACGGCAAAGAAGCAGAGAACUGUCUUGGGCAUAAAGAGUGCGAACGUUGUACCAUCAAGUAUUCCUGUAGCAGGAGAACAGAUGCGAAGUAAAGGGACUUCGGCAUCAUUGUCUGCGCCUACCGCAUCCCUCGGCGAAAAGUCAAACAACGUUGAGAACGCCACAAGCCUUCACGUUUCACCUCGAAGGCGUGCAAGAGAGCAUUCUGCUAAUCGCAGUUUUCGCGUAUAGGUAGCUCUAAAAAGAAACACCCUUGCGACACAUGUUACUGUUCCGUGUCUCCGUAGCUUCUGAACUGUCGCAACAAUCUCUAUGGUUCCACCGAAAGUACAUCGUUGCAUCUUUUCA